GCAACCCACAAUGACCUCAGGAAGACCCCAGGAGGACCCAAGAUGGGCCCAAGACGGCCUCCGUAGCCAUUUUGGCUCAAGGACGAGGUGGCUCAAGGCGCCGGUAUCCUCCCAGGAGGCGGGGGGGGGGGGCGUCUGCCGCCCCUGGGAUGGGGAAUGGCCCCGACGACGGGGGCGUGCGAGAAGAGGGCGGAGGGGUCCACAUCGAGUUCCGGACGCCAGGGUCGGGGCGCACAACCGCCUACCUGGCCAGGGCGAAGGGGGACGUCCCCGUCGUCCCCAGGCUCGCGGAGGACACGGAGCCAAGGUUCGAUGGCACGAUCGACCAGUUUCGAGAGGGCGUGAAAGACGAGAAGGCCCGGGCGAGACUCCUGAACAAGGUGAAGGUGUGCGCGCAGUGCAAGAAGCCGUGCGCCUUCACGCUGCAGUGCUGCAACGCUUGCGGGUCUAGCUUAGCCGAUGUCCCGGUGUCAUUUAACGAUAACAUUUUCAUGGGUUUUGUACAUGGUAUCAAGAUGGGGAAGUUCCCGUUCAAGAUAUCUAUGAGGCACCAAGACGCAAGCUUUUUGUGUUUCGACGACCCGCUGUCGAUGUCGUGCUGUCAUUUGAACGUCGUGCCGACCGAUGUUUAUAUAGCAGACUGGCGGUUUCUCCUCUUGAAUCCUGCCAAGGGUUUGAAACUUGUUACAGAUAUGUUCGAGACAGGGGCAAAGGUCGCAUUGGACCAGUUUUGGGGCAACGAUGAGUUCCGGAGUAAGAUCUUCAACGGCGAGCAGAAACCUCUGAGCACGAAGGAAGUUAUGGAUGUUACGUGUUGUGGUAUGAAUUUCCCGCCAUCGAUGUACCAGCUGCACCUUCAGUUCAUCCACAUGCCUCUCACACCUUUCCACUACAACCAGGCAAGACAGGGCGGGCACUGGCACUACGCCCGCUUCUUCCCACUGGAAUACGUGAUGAAGGCGCUCGAGCUUGGGAUCAAGGCGGAGAUGAAUGUGACCGAGAGCACUUCCAUCGAAGACAUCAUGCAGAAGCUCCAAGAGCAUGGGGUGGUCUACGACAGCGUGCACCGCGAGUUCUUGAACAAGUGUUGGCGCCUGCAGGAGCGAUUCGCGCCGUGGGCUGAGAAGGACUUCGGGUGUCAGAUCAUCAACGGGAGCGUUUUCAACAUGGCCGAAAACAGGAUGGAACUGGACUCUGACCCCCAGUCCAUACAGGCUGAAGACGCCAAGAAGCUCCAGAACUACGGUCGCCCCUACGAUGACGCCGGGAAGCCCACGGGCACAUACUACAAGUACGCCAAGGAGCCUGGCGACGUCGCCGACUUCCGCUGAGCCGGCAUUCGGGCUGGGCUUUGUGCUGGCUCCUUCCGCUCCCCCCCUCCCGCUCGCCCACCCGUUCCCGCGCUGCCUGUCCCCACUCCUUCCCCCCCCCUCGUCGAGGUCUCGAGGCUGCUGCGCAGCCGCCCAUUCUUUUGUGUGCCGCCCGCACGAGUUCUGGCCGAGGACUGUGCUCGCUCAGGCUGUCGGCGCGUCCCGCCUGGCUUAGCGCAUCCUGGUUGCCGUAAUAUGCGAGACAAGUUGCCUGCCCCGCAGUUUCCCCGCAGUCCAGCAGGCCGCGGCAUGGGCGACACAGAGCGAACGCCCCGGACGCCCUGAGCAGCGUCUGUGGCACGCCCCCAUCUCCUCUUAGUGUCCUUUGCCUCGAUUGGAAGCUCCCGAAUCCUCCUCCCUCCUUCGCACACCCCAGCCCCCGCCCUGCCCGGCGCAGGGUGGGGAGCGGGGGGCUCUACUGGCCGCGCCGCCGCGCUCUUCGGCUAGCUACACCCCGCGCUCUCGGAGCAUGCCUGACUAGCGACGGGCGCCUUGAAAA